AUGGUUUCCAGAGACACCGCAUUGGCCGAACCCACCACCACCAUGCAGCCUCCACCAAAGAAGCUGGUUGACAUCGACCAAGUAAUCGAAAACGCCACUCUGGCGGAAAAGAUCUCCUUGCUUGCUGGCUCCGACUUCUGGCACUCCACCCCCCUUCCCCAAUUUGAUGUCCCAGCCGUCAAAUGCACAGACGGGCCCAACGGCGUCCGGGGCUCGAGGUUCUUCAACCCGGUGCCUGCUCUCUGUAUCCCAUGUGGAAGCGGCUUGGGGGCAACCUGGAACCCCGAGCUGGUUGAAAAAGCCGGCCAGCUCCUUUCCAAGGAGUGCGACGCUAAAGGAGCUCACGUCUGGCUGGGGCCUACGGUGAACAUCAUCCGCUCCCCAUUGAACGGCCGGGGAUUCGAGUCCUUCUCGGAAGACCCGCACCUGAGUGGGAUUCUCGCCGCCGCCAUCAUCAAGGGUGUGCAGUCCAGGGGAACGCUAGCGGCCCUCAAGCAUUUCGUGGCCAAUGACCAAGAGACGGACAAGAUGUCGCUCGACGUUUGCAUGUCGGACAGGGCCCUUCGCGAGGUCUAUCUUCUGCCUUUCCAGAUUGCCCUACGUGACAGCAAUCCUCGGGUUCUCAUGUCUUCUUACAACAAGAUCGGGGGUCUACACGUCUCAGAGAAUUCCAAGAUUCUGCAGAAUAUUUUGAGAACAGAGUGGGGAUUCAAUGGCCUUAUUAUGAGUGAUUGGUAUGGGACUUACUCAUGUGAAGCAGCGCUCAAUGCCGGAGUUGACAUCGAGAUGCCAGGCCCAAGUCGUUACCGGGAAAAGGAGGCCUUGGCUGCUGUCUUCUCCGGCAAAGUGAGUCAUCAUACCAUCGAUGAACGAGCCCGGAAAGUUUUGCAGUUCGUCAACGAUGCGGCUUCGGCCCGAGUUGCAGAAGAGGAGACUACGCGCGAUGUUCCCGAAGACAGAAUCCUGAACCGUCGCUUGGCCGGUGAGAGCAUCGUGUUGCUGAAGAACUCGGAGCACGUCCUCCCGCUGCGUCCAGAAGACUGCGACGAGGUGGCCGUCAUUGGGCCAAACGCGGAUCUGCCGGCGGCCUGCGGGGGGGGAAGUGCCAGUCUUCGGCCCUAUUACACCAGCUCCGUGCUCAGGGGAAUACAAGAUUCAUUACCGGCCACAAGCAAAAUACACCACGAGCCCGGAGUGUUUGGCCAUGUUCUACUUCCCGCUUUCACGGUGGAUCACGUCUGCACCGAUACAGGCGAGCCGGGAGUUACAAUCGAGGUCUUCAAUGAGCCGCACACAGUCAAGGACAGAAAGCCGUUCGACCGUGUCACAAUACCAGACACCACUUAUCAACUUAUGGACUACAGACAUCCCAUGAAAGAAGAGACAUUCUUCAUGUCGAUGCGCGCAGACUUUGUCCCGAAGCACACUGAUACAUACGAGUUUGGCUUGGCGACGUACGGAAUUAGUGACCUGUUCAUCAACGAUGAGCUGGUCAUCGACAACUCGACGGAACAGACCCCUGGCGGUAUGUUUUUCGGCAAGGGCUCGGCUGAAAAGCGCGCAACGUACGAAAUGAAGGCAGGAGAGCGUUAUUGCCUCCGUGUUGAGGCUGGCAGCGCCUCAACAUCCAAGGUCAAGGGCGGCUCACUCCUGGCCAUUCCGGGGGGUGCGUGUCGUUUGGGGGGAUGCCGCAAAAUAAAUGCCGAGGAGGGUAUUCAAAGAGCUGUUGACCUGGCCAAGAGGUGCAAGUAUACCUUUGUUGUAGCUGGUCUCAACGCGGACUUGGAGAAGGAGGGCAAGGAUAGAGAGACGAUGGAUAUGCCCCCGCAUGUCGACGAACUUAUCGAAGCCGUCCUCAAAGCACAACCUAACGCCGUUGUCAUUACACAAGCAGGAAACCCAGUCAGGAUGCCCUGGAGACGCAACGCCAACACACUGCUACAUAGCUGGUACGGCGGCAACGAAGCUGGCAAUGCAGUAGCAGAUGUCAUCUUCGGCCGCAUCAACCCCAGCGGAAAGCUGCCAAUGACCUUCCCUGCACGCCUGGAAGACAACCCUGCCUUCCUUGGCUUCGGCAGCGACAACGGAAAGGUGCACUACUCUGAAGACGUGUUUGUUGGUUACAAGUGGUAUGAAGCGCGGAAGAUGGAAGUUGCGUUCCCAUUUGGUCAUGGACUCAGUUACACCAGCUUCCAAAUUUCGGAUCUUCAAGUGAAGCCAAGUAGAGUCGAAGUCACUGUGAAAAACACUGGAAAGGUGGCAGGUGCAGAAGUUGUGUGCUUGUACAUCAAGUACGCUACCAGGUCACCAAAGUCGCGGUUUGCUCGCCCGCUUCGCUCUCUCAUGGGAUUCACGAAGAUAUUUUUGGAACCGAGCGAGGCGAAACUUGCUACGAUAGCAAUCGAUAGGUACUGCACGGCCGUUUGGGAUGAAAAGAGGAAUAGCUGGUGCUGUGAAAAGGGAACCUACACGGCUUUGGUCACGGCAGGGGAAACCAGCUUGGAGGGAAGUUUCCAGAUCCAAAAAGACGUUUUCUGGAACGGACUUUGA